GUUUUUUUUUUUGGUGAUUGUUUUGAUAGUUUUAUUGUUAUGUGAGAAUUUGAUUGAGUUUAUUGUGAAUUUCUUUUCGUGGGUUGUAUUUUUUUUGUUGGAUUUUCAUGUAUUGAUGGUUGGGCAAGAGGUCAUUUUCAUAGAAUUUGUCAUUGUAGUUUGCUUUAAUGGCGAAAUUUUGCAUCUUUAAGCGUAAUUUUUGGUGGGUGAUGGUUUAUUAAUUUCAACUUUUUUUUUGAUGGUUAUAUCCUUCAUUUCUUCAUAAUUUGUGAAAUGUUUUUGAUGUUAUUAUUCAUCUUAAAUUUGAUUAGUUUUACCUUUUUUUAUACCCAAUUUUAUUUUUGUUGAUUUUUUUUUUUUCCAGGAUAGCCAAUUUUUUGUGUUUUGUAAUUCUUUAUUCAGCCUUAGGAAAAUAUUUAUAAAUCUCGUUUUUCUUUUCAGGUUGAACAGUUUUGAUAUAUCAGGGAGUUUUUCUUCUGGUUUAUCUGCUUUUUUUCUUUUUCUAAUUGAAAUUUGAUAGAAAAAAGAUAAAAAUUGGGUAAAAAAUGGAUUCAAAGAGUAACGAAGGUGAUGGAAGUGUUUCAGUUGUUAAGGAAUCUGAGAAGCCUGUUGAAGAAUCAACUAGCAAUCGGAAAUCUUCUCUUUCCAAUGUGACUGAUGUGGGGAAUUUGAGUGCCAAAAAUAUGAUGUUUAGGGCUGAUAUGAUUGAUUUUAAGAGUUGGGAUGUUCAAUUGGAAAAACAUUCGAGCCGUGUUUGGUCUCGAGAUCGUGAUCUAAAUGCCGUAAAAGAAGAAUGGGAAAUCGAAUUGGCGAAACUUGAUCUUAACAAUGUUAUUGCUCAUGGCACAUAUGGUAGUGUUUACAGGGCUACUUAUGAUGGAAAGGAUGUUGCAGUGAAAGUUUUGGACUGGGGAGAGGAUGGUAUGGCCACGGCUGCCGAAACUGCGGCUCUUCGAGCCUCAUUUCGUCAAGAAGUUGCUGUUUGGCAUAAACUCGAUCAUCCAAAUGUUACCAAGUUUAUUGGAGCUUCAAUGGGAACUUCAAAUCUUAAAGUUCCUUUGAAUAGCUCUGGCGAUGACGGCAAGUCUCUUCCUACUCGAGCAUGCUGUGUUAUUGUUGAGUAUCUUGCGGGAGGAACACUAAAGCGUUAUCUAAUUAGAAAUAGGAAAAGGAAACUUGCUAUCAAAGUUGUUAUCCAACUUGCUCUGGACCUUUCUAGAGGUUUAAGUUAUCUCCAUUCCAAAAAGAUUGUUCAUCGUGAUGUAAAAACAGAAAAUAUGUUAUUAGACACUAACCGAAAUUUGAAGAUUGCGGAUUUUGGUGUUGCUCGAGUUGAGGCACAAAACCCACGUGAUAUGACCGGUGAAACUGGUACCCUUGGAUACAUGGCACCAGAGGUUCUUGAUGGUAAGCCAUAUAACAGAAAGUGUGAUGUAUAUAGCUUUGGGAUAUGUUUGUGGGAAAUUUAUUGUUGCGAUAUGCCAUAUCCAGAUCUGAGCUUUGCGGAUGUGUCUUCUGCUGUGGUUCGACAGAACUUGCGUCCGGAAAUGCCAAGAUGUUGUCCUCCUUCGUUAGCGAGCAUCAUGCGCAAAUGUUGGGAUGCCAAUCCUGAUAAACGCCCUGACAUGGAUGUGGUAGUAAGAUUAUUAGAAGCCUUCGAUACAAGCAAAGGUGGUGGAAUGAUACCCGAUGAUCAAGCUGUUCAAAGUUGUUUUUGCUUCGGCCCUACUCGUGGUCCAUAAUUCUUGUUAGUUCAUUUUCAACCUAAUCAUUUUAGGAAAUACCACUUUUUUUUGGUAGCUUGAGAAUGCCUCCUUUUUUGGCAGCUUAGAAAUGCGUGUAAUUUUUUAAAAAAACUUUAUGUUAGGCCUAGUCGUAUACAAUGAAAUAUAAGUAGUGCUUAAAGAUGUAGGUUUUUUUGGUUUAUUCAAAUUAUAAAAUAAUUGCUUUUUUUGUGCUUUGUA